CAUGGCGUCAGGGCAGACACGCAAGAUGCUGGCGCUCAGUCGCUGUGCCAUAUAUCUGUUAUUAUUACUCGUUCCUGGAGCGAUCUCCUCCACGCUUCGACUUCACCAUGACCAGAGAUUCAUGCUACCACAGGACAGGGGUUUCUCCCUAGUGCGUGCACACCUGGAGCAUGCAGAAAGUCGCGUCGUGCGUCUAGAGAGAGAAGUCAGGGAGGCUUCAUCAUCCGCGCACCAGCAUCGCGUUCGGCGGAAUGCUGCUGGAUCACCCGUGCCAAAGGUUUAUGGAAGGGCCAACCUGAAUGACUCUCAUAAUCAAAUGGUCGUCCACUGGGCCGGAGAGAAGAGCAAUGUCAUAGUAGCGCUCGCGAGAGACAGCGUUGGUGCCACAGAUCCCAAGAGCAGCUCGGUGUACGUGUCUUAUGACUAUGGAACCACCUUCACUCAAGUAUCAGAGAAAUUUCAACUGUCAGGGGACCAAGAGGGCAAGAAACAAGUCAUCUCGCAGUUUUACCACAGCCCCGCCGACAACAAACGAUAUCUAUUUACUGACGCCACGAACAGUUACCUGUGGAACACCUUUGACUUCUGCCAAAUUGUUCAAGGUUUCUCCAUCCCAUUCAAGCCCACAGACUUACUGCUGCACAGUAAGAGGCCUAACCUGGUCCUCGGUUAUGACAGUUCUCACCCCAAUAAACAGCUGUGGAAAUCAGAUGACUUUGGUGAGACGUGGGUGUUAAUUCAGGAACAUGUGAAGUCCUACUUCUGGGGUGUAGAACCAUACGACAAACCCACCACAGUGUUUGUCCAGCGCCACGAGCCCCAGGGAGACUCCAGCAUCCUCAGCAGCACGGACUUCUUCCAGGACGAGCAAAACCGCCGUGUUAUCCUGGAGAAGGUGGACAGCUUCCAGCUACGGGACAAGUACAUGUUUGCCACAACCACUAGGACGUUGUUUGGGAGCCACGAGUCUCAGUCUGUCCAGCUGUGGGUUUCCUACAACCGGCAGCCAAUGAGAGCAGCUCAGUUUAACACCCGCCACCCCAUCACGGAGUACUACAUAGCAGAUGCUUCGGAGGACCAGGUGUUCGUAUGCGUGAACCACAAUAAUAACGUUACACACCUGUACAUCUCAGACACACAGGGCCUAGCCUUCUCUCUGUCCCUAGAGAACAUGCUGUUCUACAGCCCUGAUGGCUCUGGGAGCAACACGCUUAUCAGGUACUUCGCCAACGAGCCGUUUGCAGAUCUCCACCGGGUCGAGGGGCUGAGGGGUGUGUUUGUGGCCACUCUGAUCAAUGGAUCGGUCACUGAGGACAACAUGCGGUCAGUCAUCACGUUUGAUAAAGGAGGAACCUGGGAGCUUCUGCAGCCACCUGCGGCCGACAGCCUGGGAGGAACCGUAGACUGCCAGCUGGACAAUGGCUGUUCCCUGCACUUGGCCCAGAGAUGGAGUCAGCUGCUGAAUAUUCAGCUGCGCAGGAUCCCUGUUCUGUCUAAAGAGUCUGCACCUGGCCUCAUCAUGGCAACAGGAUCUGUUGGAAAGAAUCUGGCCAAUAAGCCCAAUGUGUAUGUAUCCAGCAGCGCAGGGGUCAGAUGGAGAGAGGCCCUGGCUGGUCCUCAUUUCUACACCUGGGGAGAUCAUGGAGGGAUCCUGAUGGCUAUCGCACAGGGUGGCUCCACCAGAACACUCAAAUUCAGUACCAACGAGGGGGAAACCUGGAAAGAGUUCCAGUUCUCAGAGCAGGAGGUAUAUGUGUACCAGCUGCUGACUGAACCGGGUGAAAAGAGCACCAUCUUCACCAUCUUCGGCUCAUAUGCGGACCAGAAACACAGCUGGCUCAUUGUGCAGGUCAACACUAGUGAUGUGCUUGGUGUGCCGUGCUUGGAGGGCGACUAUAAACGCUGGUCUCCUUCUGACGAGAGGGGAAACGGCUGUCUGCUCGGCAGAGAGAUGGUGUACAAGCGCCGCUCGCCUCACGCCACCUGCUUCAACGGCGAGGACUUCGACAGGCCCGUCACUCUGUCCAACUGCUCCUGCACUCGACAGGACUAUGAGUGUGACUACGGGUUUAAGCUGAGUGAGGAUCUGUCUCUCGAGGUGUGCUUGCCUGAUCCUGAAUUUUCUGGAAACCUUUAUGCCCCACCAGUACCCUGUCCGGUGGGCACCACUUACCGCCGCAGCAAAGGGUACAGGAAGGUUUCUGGAGACAGCUGCAGUGGGGGAGAUGUUGAAGCUCGGCUGGAUGGAGAAAUGCUGCCCUGUCCUGUGGGAGAGAGUAAUGAGUUUAUCCUGUAUGCGGUGAGGAGCUCCAUUCACCGCUAUGACCUGGCCACAGGUACAGACCAGCCGCUUCCACUCUCGGGUCUCCAUGAAGCCGUGGCUCUGGAUUUUGAUUAUGAGAAGAACUGCCUAUAUUGGGCUGAUAUUUCACUGGACACCAUACAGAGACUCUGUUUGAAUGGAAGCUCUGGACAGGAAGUGAUUGUCAGAAAGGACUUACAAAACGUGGAGGCGCUGUCAUUUGACCCCAUCAGCCGGUUGCUGUAUUGGGUGGAUGCUGGUGCUCAGAAAAUCGAGGUGUCCAACUCUGAUGGAGACCUGAGACUCACUCUGGUCAAUUCUUCAGUGGUGGAGCAGCCUCGAGCCCUGACGCUCAUGCCAGGAGAGAGCUUGAUGUUUUGGACAGACUGGGGCGAUCGUGCAGCAGGCAUCUACCGCAGCUGGAUGGACGGUUCCAACAUCGCCUGCAUUGUGUCUGAGGCAGUUCGCUGGCCCAACGGCAUAACGGCCGAUGAAUCAUGGCUGUACUGGACGGAGGCAUAUGGAGACCGCAUUGAAAGAGCAGACUUUAAUGGAAGCCGCCGUACUGUGAUAAUGGAGGACCUGCCGCAUCCUUAUGCUAUUGCUGUUUUUAAGAAUGACCUGUACUGGGAUGACUGGUCUAGAAUGGGAAUCUUCAAAGCACCUAAAUCAGGCUCACCAGACAGUGAGAUGCUAGUGGGCAGACUGACAGGAGUGAUGGAUCUCAAGAUCUUUUACAAGGGAAAAAACAGAGGUCAGAAUGCUUGUGUGGAUCAGCCAUGCAGUCUUCUGUGUCUUCCCCAGCCUGGAAACAAGCAUCACUGUGUUUGCCCCGAUGGAGUUUCCACCACCAUCUUACCCUCAGGAGAGCAUCAGUGCCAGUGUCCCGGUGGAUACCAGCUCCGCAAUAAUACAUGCGUUAAGACAGAACACACCUGCCUGCCAAACCAGCACCGCUGCACUAAUGGGAAAUGCAUCAGCAGCAUCUGGAAGUGUGACAGUGACAACGACUGCGGCGACAUGAGUGAUGAACAGGAGUGCCCCACCACUUCCUGUGACUCUGCGGUCCAGUUCCGCUGUGUGGCCUCAGGGUCCUGCAUUCCACUGGCCUUCAAGUGUGACCAUGAGGAUGACUGUGGAGAUAACAGUGACGAGGAGCAUUGUGAAUCUCACAAGUGUGGACCGGGGGAGUUCACCUGUGCAAGAGGUGUGUGUAUUCGGGACGCGUGGCGCUGUGAUGGAGACAACGACUGCAGGGACUGGUCAGACGAGGCCAACUGUACUGUGGGUCACCACACGUGCGAGAGCAGUAGUUUCCAGUGUCACACGGGUCACUGCAUUCCUCAGCGCUGGGUGUGUGACGGAGAUGACGACUGCCAGGAUGGCUCCGACGAGGACCCAACCCAGUGUGGUAAAGAAAAGUGCAAUGGCUUCUUGUGCUCUAAUGGCACCUGUCUGCCUGCUAGUGCUCACUGCAAUGGUGUGGAGGACUGUCCAGGAGGCGCUGAUGAGCAAAACUGCGGUCCCCUCUGUGCACACUAUAUGGAGUUUGUGUGCAGAAACCGAGCACAGUGUCUGUUCCAGUCUCUGGUGUGUGACGGUACCCGGCACUGCUCCGAUGGAUCUGAUGAGGACCCGACGUAUGCAGGCUGCUCAACUAACCCUGAGUUUGAGAAAACAUGUGACGGCUACAGCUUCCAGUGUUCCAAUGGAAUGUGUGUGACCCUGGAGUGGAAGUGUGACGGCAUGGACGACUGUGGCGACUACUCUGACGAGGCCAACUGUGCGUCCCCGACCGAUGAGCCGGGCUGCUCGCGUUACUUUCAGUACGAGUGUAAGAACAGCCGCUGUGUGCCCGCCUGGUGGAAGUGUGAUGGGGAAAAUGACUGCGGUGACUGGUCUGAUGAAUCUCAAUGCUCAGAUGGUGGAGCUCCUCACACACCUGCGCCGGGUCCAGCUACCUGUGCUCCUAAUCGUUUCCGCUGUGGUUCUGGCGCGUGUAUUGUGAACACCUGGGUGUGCGACGGCUACGCUGAUUGUCCUGAUGGCAGCGAUGAAGUGGGCUGUCCCACAGUCAAAGGCUCAGUGACUCCAUUGGCAACUCUUCCUCCUUCGGGCCGCUGUACUAAAGAUCAGUUCCUGUGCCUGAAGCCUCCAGUCUGUAUCGCUGAUUGGCAGCGCUGUGAUGGACAUCCUCACUGCGUGGACGGGUCUGAUGAGGACAACUGUCCCACUCAUGGUCCGCUGCUCUGUGUGAAUGGUACUCUCUGUGCGGAUGGCGAGGCCUGCGUGCUGAACAGCGAGAGGUGUGAUGGCUUCAUAGACUGUUCUGACCGGAGUGACGAGGACAACUGCACUAUGGAUUUGCUGGUCUACAAAAUUCAAAAUCUUCAGUGGAGUGCCAACUUUUCUGGUGCUGUGACGCUUACCUGGUCAAGGCCCAAAAAUAUGCCUGCAUCCACCUGCUCUUUUGUCAUCUACUUCAGGCAGGUGGGUGUCCAGCAGUGGACGUCCAUGGACACAAACAGCAAUAAGGGCAGUGCCGUUCUGACCGUGUUGAUGCCGGACACAACCUACCAGGUGAAGGUUCAGACUCAGUGUCUCAGCAAACAGCACAGGACCAAUGAAGUUCUCACACUACGCACGCCAGAAGGAUUGCCAGACCCCCCGCAAAAUCUGCAGCUGAGCUCUGACAACGCUGAGGACGGGACGGUACUGUGUUCCUGGAGCCCUCCUGAUAAAGCACAUGGACUCAUCAGGGAGUAUAUUGUGGAGUACAGUGAAAAGGACAGUGCAGAGUGGUAUUCCCAGCGUAGCACCAUCACGAAUGCAGAAGUGAAGGACCUGCAGCCCAGCUCGCUCUACAGAUUCAGGGUGGCUGCUGUCACAAGCAGAGGCAUGGGAAACUGGACCGAAAUUAAAUCCAUUAUUCCUCAAAAAGCUCUCUCUCCUCCUGAUGUUGAGAUCUCCAGCAUCACAGAGGACUCCAUGAUUUUGUCCAUCACCAAUGAUUAUAAAGUCCAGGUGAAGCACUAUAUUGUUGUCAUUUCAUGGGUAUUUGAUGAACAUGUGAAGGAGAGCUGGAAUUACACGGUUUCAGGGACAUUGAAAGCCUCUAACCUGACAGCAGGAACAGUGUAUGAGGUGGCGGUGUGGGCUCACACGGAUGAUGGAGACAGUCCUACUUCUCUGUUCCGCAAGCAGACCAAAGGUACCAGACCUGCCCAGCCAUCACUGAAGGCCCGGGCGCUCAACCAGACCGCUGUAGAGUGCAACUGGACCGGCCCUCAAGCUGAGAUGUAUGGAGUGUUCUACGCCACAUCCUUCCUGGAUCUGUACCGCAGACCUCACAGGGUGAAUACCACCUCAACCAGUCUGGCGGUGAUCGUUGACAGCGACAAGCAGUUCCUCUUCCUGGUGAGGGUGAUCGUUCCAUUCCUCGGUCCUCCAUCAGACUACGCCGUAGUGAAGAUGAUCCCCAACGAGCGACUUCCACCUCGAAACCUGCACAAGGUGCGAGUGGAUAAGACACAGACAGUUCCUCUGCCUGCGCCUGAGGCCCUCAAGAUCUUAGAAGAACAGGAUCAUGUGUUCCUCUUCUGGAAGAGCCUGGCUGUGAAGGACCGGACCUUCAAUGAGAGCAGGGGCUAUGAGGUGUAUAUGCAUGACAGCAUCAGCAACUCCACAAAGUGUCUGGGUAACACAACGGAGACGUUCUUCAGGAUCAGCAACCUGUUGGUGGGCCAUAACUACACCUUCUCAGUGCGGGCGCGCUGUCUGCUCAACAACCAGCUGUGUGGAGAGGCAGCGGUGCUGUUAUAUGAUGAACUGGGCAAAGCAGCAGGGCCAAACGAUGCCUCAUCUCAGUCAGGUAAAUCAGAGGACAUGGCGGCACAGGCCACUCUGAAGUGGCAGCCGCCAUAUGAUUCUCCCAGCAGUCCUUUGAUGUAUGCAGUGCACGUGCGAGAUACAGUUCGUAAAAUGGAGCGGGACUCAGGAGAUGAGCUGGGUGACGAUGAUGAAGAUGCUCCUAUGAUCAGUGGCUUUUCAGAUGACGUUCCCAUGGUGAUUGCAUAGCUGGACAACUCUUCUAUCCUCCUCCUUCACUUCCCACUCCACUUCCUCGUCAUGUUUUCUUACGUGCCCAUCCGGCACGCCUUCAAGCUAUCGAGCCCCUUCCUCUUUACCCCUCCGUUCACUUAGAAAAACGCUGGAUUUGGGUUUCUGGACCCUGAGGAAGAAAAGAAAGCAUGGAGCAAAAGAGAUAUUUUUGAAAAUAAGAUGCACUUUUUUCGGAUGCGCAAUAACUUAUUUUUUAUAUAUAAUAUAUGUGGGUAUUGGACUUUGUAGGCAUUAACUGAAGCAAACUGUGAAGGAGUUUGUCAGCUGAUCAGUAGGCUCACUGAACAGGGAAACGACCCUUAUUGUACAACAAAUUCUCACAUGAGCAUUGCAUUUGCUUAAAGCCAAAACAAGCAUCUAGAUAUGGGUACAUCAGUGUAAAAACACAAACAUAUACAACAAAAAAAUCUAAAAAGCAAACCUCAUAUGUGUACAGAUGAGAAAAAUGGACCAAUGAAUGCUGAUGAAAAGGGAAAGCGGUACAUAGGCUGUUGACAGUAAAUUGCACAGAAUCAGAUUUUUGUUGUAUAUGCUCAAUUUGUGUCACUUUAUGUCAGUAGGCCUGCAUUUGUCCAUGGUACCUUGUUUACACUUUGUAUCCAUUUGUUAAUUUCUUUGCUCAGCAAUAGAUUUAAUUCCCUCUACUUUUUGAAAAUGUGAAAACUGUUACCUGUUUUGGUUGUUUUAUCAGCUGUUUUCAGAAAAGAAUGACCAAAAUUAAGACAGUUAUUUGAGUGUUGUCCACAUUAAGUCCCAUGCUUAGUCCAUAUGUUCACUGUCUUCUUUGAUUUAUCCUACACAUUUUAUCUAGCAAAUAUUAUAAUAUUGCAUAUCCUGUGUGCUGUCAUGGUUUUAGUCCUUUAGUGUUCUCAGGGAACUGGGUUAGUGUAGAUGUACCAGCGAUAUAUCAGUCACACUGCCACAGGCAGCGCAGUGUGUUUAAUUCAGAGACUAUUGUGCUGUACAGUAGUUCCAUAUUGCAGUGAAGCCUGUGCAGCUCUCGUCUGAACGGACCAGAAGGCUUCAUUAUUGUGCCAAGCUUAAGAAAAGCAGAGGGUAGAGCAGACGUCUUGUCUUCCCGAACCGUUGUGAAGAGGUACAUGUGUUAAAUCCAUGUUUCAUUUUAACUGGAUUGCGGGUGUUGCUUAAAAGAUUUCUUUAUGAAUGUAUUUUUUCCCCCUUCUUUUUUUUUGUAUCUUGUAUUGAGGUGACCAGAAAAAAAGGAAAAUGGAUAUGGUCUACCCCCUUCUUCUUUAAUGUUCAAGGAUUUUAAAAUGAGGUUUAUGGCCAGUUUACAUAUUAAUUGGAAUUAGAACUGUUCAGUUGAUAAAUGUGGCUGUUUUUAAUGAAAUUGUUCUUUUCAGUACCACAUUGCCUUAUUACAACACACCGAGUAAAGUAUGUAGCAGUAUGUCAAUGUCAUCACACAUGCACGCGUUCACAGAAGAUUGACUUGAGUAAGAAGAAGAGUAAAUAAUUGUAAAAAGACUGAAAUAGUGCGAUAGGAAAUGUGUGUAUCGACAUAUUGUGAAUUACCACUGUAUAAAGUUCCAGUGCAGCACUUGUGUGAAUCCUGAGCCACCGUUUAUAUUUUAUUUUGUCUUGUUUGUAUUCUUUACUCGCAACCAUUUGUGGCGAUGUCAUGCCCAUUUUGAAACCCAUUUAUUUUUGGUCAAUUAGAUGUAAAAAAAUGUUUUACAUAGCAGUGAUGUUGGACACCGCCAUAUUUAAAUCUUUGAUCUUGCCUGCCUACUGAGGGUUUUAACGAUAAGAAACUUGUAAGUGGUACAGUCUGAGAUGUUUUAUGAACCACUUAUGCUGAAAUAAAUGUGGAAAACUU